AUCCUAUCUAUAUACCUUACCAGCAACGGCUAUGCAUCAAAUCCAUCCAGCUUGAGAUCUCGACCACUCACGACUCGAUGAAACUCCUCUCAAAAUGCCACCCACCUCUCCCACCGUGAGAAUCGUCGAGGUCGGACCCCGCGAUGGACUCCAGAACAUCGCCACCCACAUCCCCACCUCCACCAAGCUGGACCUAAUCUGGCGCCUGCACCACGCCGGAUUGCAGAGCAUAGAACUAACAUCGGUCGUCUCGCCCCGGAAGAUCCCCCAGUUGGCCGACUGUCGCGACCUCCUGCAGCAUUCCUUGAUUCGAAGCUUGGCGAGCGAUCCGCACCUGCGACUGCCGGUCUUGGUCCCAAAUCUCAGGGGAUUAGAGAUUGCGCGUUCGCUGGACGUCAAAGAGGUUGCCGCGUUCAUCAGCGCAACGGAGGGGUUCAGUCGCGCCAACAUCAACUGUACUGUCGGGCAGGGGAUCGAGAGAGCAAGGGAGGUCGCAUCCCACGCCAUCGCUGCGGGUCUGGCAGUGAGAGGCUACGUAUCCUGUAUCUUCUCCGAUCCCUUCGAUGGUCCGACCUCUCCGGCGACUGUGCUCCGAUGCGUUCGUGCCCUGCUCGACGCGGGCUGCUACGAGGUCAGCCUGGGCGACACGCUAGGCGUAGGCUCGCCCGCAACGGUCCGCAGUCUGAUCCGGUACCUGACAGACGCGGGUGUUCCGGUCAGCCGUCUGGCCGGCCAUUUCCAUGACACGUACGGUCGCGGAGUCGCCAAUGUCUGGGAGGCGUAUACGUGCGGCGUGCGCGUGUUCGACAGCAGUGUCGCGGGACUCGGGGGCUGUCCUUUCGCUCCGGGUGCCAAGGGGAAUGUCGCGACGGAGGAUGUCGCAUACAUGUUUCACAAUGCCGGUGUUGAGACGGGAAUUGAUCUUGCUAGAUUAGUGGACACGGGGGUUUGGAUCUCAAAACAACUCGCAGACCUGGACUCGGCCCAGAGUGCUAUUGCCGCGGCUGGAAAGGUCAACGAGGUUGCACCUCGGACCAAGCCGCAGAGACUGCACAACCAUCUCCGACAUUACGAUGGGCAUUGGCCGUCCAUGCGGAUGGAACUCAACUGCAUUGGAGCUGGAUCGAACUGAGACACGCUGAGCUGCGCGUGAGAUGAUACGAAGUGAAGUGGUCCUUUAAUGCCCAAGCAUCAGUGAGACUUGUCUAUGUCCAUGCAGGUAGGAACGAACAGCGCGAGUCAAAUGAGCUCCUCUCAGAAACAUGCAGCCCAGCAAUCAUGGCGCCUACGGGAUGUCGGAGUCCUGGUUUGAAGUACUGGUCAAGUGGGACACCCGCCUUACAUAGCACUUAUACGUUCCACACGCUGGCUUGUACGGUGACUUGCUCGGCUACAGCAUGGCCAGUAUUUAUGUAUAUACUAUCCAAGUGGAGCCACGGUGGUUUUCACGACUGGAGAAUUGUACAUACACCUCGCGAUAGAUGAGAUAGAAUCCAUCUUCUUCAUACUGAAGUGUAUAACAAGCACG